UUAAUUUUAAACGUUUGACAGCUGUUUUAAAUUGACAAGUAUUGUAAACCGAGAAGAAAACAAUUCAAAUAACUACAAAAUCAAACUAAGAUUACUAAUAAAUGAGUGUUAGAAAAUACGGCGUAAACAACAUUUAUGUCUAUAACACUUUACCAACAAAAUCCAUAUUAAAAUUAAGGUUAUGUAUUUGUAACAUAGAAUGAUUCAAGGUGAAUAAGAUGAUUUGAGAUCUUGAAAGUGUAAUAUCACGUUCUGCCUUAUAUGGAUUAAAGGGUUUAUUAAUCCUUCCUGAUUUUUACGCUCAGUUUAAACUGCGGCCUAGCUAUGGGCGACCGUGAUAAAAGUGAUUCAAGCUCUCAAGAUGAGAACUCUGAGCAAAACAUAACGAUUCCUCCAAGAACAGCUCCAGCUGGCCCAAGCUACUUUGCCAGUGAGCCCCUACAGUUCCGAAUUCGUGGAACAAGUAUAACAGGGGCUUCCCCUCCUCACUUUGUAACAUUGGAGGACAUUAUGAAAGCAGCCCAUGGCAUGAGGAACAUGGCUUUGGCUCAUGAGAUAGCUGUUGAUCAGGACUUUAAGCUGGAGCCAUUCGAAGCUCCUGAUAACAGCUAUCAAAAGCUUGUAAAAGAAACUAUGCAUAGGGCAUAUUUUGACAUAUUAAGAGAACAAUUGAACUCUGAUCCACCUGUAUAUAAACAAGCACUGGUGUUAUUGGAAGAUGUGAAACAGGGAUUAUUCUCAAUACUUCUACCGCGCCAUACAAGAAUUAAGGAAAUGAUAGAAGAAGUCCUUGAUAGAGAUUUUAUCAAGCAGCAAGCAGAGAACAACAGUUUAGACUUUGAGAAGUAUGCAAAGUUUGUUAUAGACCUGAUGGCAAAGCUGGCUGCUCCGGCAAGAGAUGAAAUGAUACAGAACAUCACUCAACUUACUGACACUGUAGAAAUUUUCCGUGCUAUUUUGGAGACUCUAGAAGUUCUUAAAUUGGAUUUGGCCAACACAUUAAUUGCCAUGAUAAGACCACAUGUGCAGAAAGAAAGUGUUCAAUAUGAAAGAAAUAAAUUUGAUGAAAUGCUCAAACUCUCUGAGGAUGGACUUCAAUACACCAGUGAAUGGCUGCAAAGACACAUCGACAAAACCGGGCUUACUCUCCCGGUAACAGACACAAACAUCAUAAGAAAUGUCACAGCUCAAACACUGGCCAAAGCGUACUUGGAGUUACUUGAGUGGGAUGAAUCGAAAGGAUAUCCAGAGACAAUGCAACUUGACAAGCCCCGCUUUGUUGAGCUGGGAUAUCAAGUUUAUCGGCUUGUUUGUGUUGCGUCAAUAUUGCUUGUCAGUCCUUCGUGUGGCAACGAUCCUAAUGCGAACCAUAAACAACGACUCAAAGACAAGAUUGACAUUAUCAUAGACAAUGCAUCUAAUGACAUAGAAUUUAAAGAAGUACUGCCUUCCAUAGCCGAAGAAGUUAUACAAAUGACGGAACAGUUGUUAGAAAGUAUGAAUCAAGAGCCUUUAAGUGGAGAAACUAAAGAUCUCAUACGCACACAGAUUAUAUCACUCAGUGACCCAGAACAUAGAGUGAGGCAGAUUGUUCGCCAAAGGGUGCUUGAGUUUCUAAAAGUGAUCCUUGUAUGUUCUGGUGGAUCCAGGCAGAUACCAGUUGGACUAUCAGCAUUUACUAAAGAACUGACCUCGGUAUCAGGCACCUUACUACGAUAUGUUAUGCAUAAUAAGGCAGUAUUCACACAACACUACAUGGAUAUGAUUGCUAAAGAACUCAGUAACUGACCUUCAUAAUGUAGCAGCCCCGAUUUACAUCACACAAAGAGAUCUUUGUAAAACUAAUUUUAUAUUUACUUAUUUCUUUACAAAAUUAAAGCACGAUUUUAGUUUAUAAAGAUUUCUGUUUAUUAGAUAAUAUAGUAAUAAUAAUCAUCAAUAAUAUUUAAUUAUUACCAUCAAACUUUUAAGUGAAAAUCUGUAGAAUAAUUUUAUCUAUGCAAUAUGCAAAUUGGUUAAUGAACAACUUAUUUAAAAAAAUUACCAAGUACAUUAAGUAUUUACUAAUUAUAAGGCAUAAUUUUAUAAUAAUUUUAAUGUAUCAAUUUGACACAUGCGAAUAGAUAAGGUUAAAUAAUUUUAACACAAUUCUGGUUAGAGACCCAAACUAUACAAAAUGUUGAAUAUUGUAUUUACAAAUUCAUAUGAUAUUGUUCCUAUUUACAUUCAUAUGGUAUUUACAAAUAUAUUCUCCAGCAUGAUUUAAAACGCCAUUGCAAUAAAAAACCUUUGUUAUGGAUGAUUCCAUUGCAUUGUAUGGGUAACUUGGCGCUUUUAAGAAACGUCAUUAUAUCAAAACGAACACUUAAUGAUACAAUAAAAACCUGUUGUCGUCAAGGGCCACUAUUUAUAAAAGUAUUUCCCACAUUUUAGCAUCGCUCGCAACAGCUGAUCAAACAAUUUUUAAAAUGUAAUCUACUCAAUUAUUGUAUUUGUCAAAUGUUAUCUAUGACAUAUGCAUCUCUUAUACUUAUACAUAGAUAACAUUUGACAGAUUAUGUAAUCUGUAACAAUUUAUUUUAUGAAUAUCGUCUUAAGGCCAAAACUCGGAUAUAAUGAAUUAUUUCAUAAAACAUCCGUCUACGGACUUUUAAUAGACAAUACUAAUUUAACACUUAUGAUUAAAAAACAGAUGCAUUUAAAUAUUUUGGAAUUUUUAAAUUAAUUGUGUGAUUUUUUAUUUUUACAAUCGGAUAUGUCCAAAUAAUAUAUUUAUAGAAUGACGUUAUAAUAUAAAAUGCACUAAUAAAAUUGCUAUGAAUA